UCGAAUGAUUUAGUUACAAACCUUAGCUGGCCUAGAUGUAAUUUACCCAAAAAAAAUCACCCCACAAUUAACCCCUUCUCUCUAUCUCUCUACCUCCUUACUGACUCAGUGACGCGCCUUUUGCGCUCUCUGUUUCCUUUAAACCUGAAACUCCCUUACCCUGCACCGGGUCUGAAUUGUCAGCAGUUCCCAAAGAACAACAUGCGGUGCUGUUCGGAUCAAAAUGCCACCGUUGGUGAAGAAGUUGCAAUAAGCAUAGAGAAAUCAUCCCAAAAGACUUCACGGCCUCAAAUAGUGAAGUUGGAUAGGGCAUUUAAGUUGGCUGAAAAAUGGGUUAAUGAUAUGACUAAAACCUCGGAGGAUGAAUCAACUGCAUUGGAGUUAGAGGGUCGACCUCUAAGGCUUGGACUAGGUGCAACAGUUCCACGCGAACACAAAUUUUUUCCUUCAAAUAAUCCCAUUGAAAAAAAAAUACGCGCCAAGUUGGAUGCUGAGAAAAGAAAAGCUGCCAAAAAUGCCGAGGACUCUGCUCCAUCAGUAAGAGAUGGAAGUGUUGAUCAAGACAGUAGUGAUGAGGAAUUAGAGAGCAGAACAAAAGCAUUUUCCAAGAAGAGAGCUGUGAAUUUAGUAUCUUCUCUGAAUGCAUUGAAGAGGCAAAAGUAACCUACCAGCUUCUCAAAAGUGAAUUUCUCUCAAGGUUUGUUUAAUUUUUUAAUGUUUAGUUGAUGUUACCUUGACUUCCUUGUACCCUUAUUGAUGAGGGCCUUUACUUUUAAACAUUUUUUUUUGAGAUAAAUUAUAUAGAAUGCUAAUACUUUUUUUUCCCUAAAUUCAAUUUAUGUAGUCCAAUUCUCAGAACCCAAUACAUG